AUGGCGGGGCUCAGCAUCGACGCGAAAGCGAAGGUCGAAACGCCCUCGCACUUCCAGUGCCCCGUCUCCAUGGAGAUUAUGUCCGAUCCGGUGAUGAUCCAGACCGGGCACACCUACGACCGCCCUUCGAUCCAGAGGUGGCUCGAACAGGGUCACAAGACCUGUCCGGUGACCGGCCAGCGCCUGAGGCAUCUCGAGCUCACCCCGAACUUCGCCCUUCGCACGGCGAUUCAGCAAUUUGCGACCGAGCACGGCAUCACCUUGAGCGAUCGGCAGCUCACUAGCGUGACGGAAAAGGCUGUGGUGAACAGCGUGAACGGAGGGGAGCCUUCGACUUCGCUCAACGAGGGUUCGAACACAAUCGGGCACACCGUGCUGGAAGGGCACGAAGAAAUAGUGUGGGCGGUAGAAGCGACGCCGUCGCACUUGUUCAGCGCGAGCGCGGACAAGUCGAUCCGCGUGUGGGACACGGCCACGAGGCGCUGCUUGCACGUGCUGGAAGAGCACACUAGACCGGUUCUUUCGCUCGCGGUGAGCCACAGGCACGGCAAGCUGUUUUCGGGAUCGUACGACUGCAGUAUAAGGGUGUGGGACAUGCGAACGUUCAGGCGAGUUAAAGCCCUGCACGGACACACGGACGCGGUGCGCUCGCUCGCGGUCGCGGGGGACAAACUUUUCAGUGGGUCGUACGACGCCACGCUCAGGGCGUACGACAUCAACACCCUGAAGCCGCUCAAGGUGUUGGAAGGUCACACCGGUCCGGUGCGCACGCUCACGAUCCUCGGGACGUCUCUGUUCUCUGGAUCGUACGAUAAGACGGUCAGGGUGUGGAACACGGAGACCUUGGAGUCGGUCGCGGUGUUGGAGGGCCACACGGAUGCGGUGAGAGCGCUCGCGGCUUCCCCGGUUGAGGAUUUGAAGUACGUGUUUUCCGGCUCGGACGACUCCAGGGUUCGCGUGUGGGAUGCUUCCACCUUCCAGUGCGUGCGCGUCUUCGAAGGUCACGAGGACAACGUUCGCGUUCUCACCGCGGAUAGUGAUUUUCUGUACAGUGGGUCGUGGGAUAAGACGAUUCGCGUGUGGGACAUGAGGUCGCUCGAGUGCGUCCACGUCCUCGAGGGACACGUCGAAGCCGUGUUAGCACUGACGGUGAUGGACGGACAUCUCAUUAGCGGAUCGUACGACACGACGGUCAGGUUCUGGAGCACGGAUACGUUCAACUGCGUGGGGAAAUACGAGGGACACGACGACGCCGUGCGCGUGCUCACGUCAACUGGGGAAGACGCCGACUGUGUGUACUCGGGGUCUUACGACGGGUCGAUCGGCUUUUGGUCCAAGCCAGUCCCGGGGGGGAACACGUUGGCGAACGCGGGGAGCACCGCCACGCGGGAAUGAUACCGUUCACGUUAUACUAGCGAGCGACGUUACACGAUGAUGUGUGAAUAAAACGACAUAAGAGUCCUGGAUCAA